AUGGUAGACAGAAGAAAAUUCAGAUGUUUCAACUGUGAUGAGGCUGGACACUUUGCUAGUGAAUGUAGAAGGCCUCAACAAACAAAAGACAAGGGCAAGAGGUUUCAGAAAAAGGAUUCAGGCAAAUCCAAAAAGUAUCCAGUGGAGUCAUAUAUUGCUGAAGGAAAAAUCUGGGAGGAUAUAGAUGAUGAGAAAGAGGAAUACGGAAAUCUUGCACUAAUGGAAGAAUCAACUCCUCAGGUAUCUCUAUCAUCUCCUGAUAAAAUAUGUGAUAAUGUUGACUGUAUAGCUUUUAGAGAACUUGCUCAAGUUUAUUCUGAUAAACUUUCCUAUGAUAGAACUGAUGUAGAAUGCAAUGAUACAUUAUCUGCUAAAAACUACAUUGUGCUUAGAUUAAGAUUUAGGAACUGUGGUUUACCUCUAAAAUGCUCUGAAGGUACUGUUAGUGACUUAAGGAAAGAACUAGAAAAGAUAAAAGAUGAAAAUGAUCACUUAAUUCUUACAAAUGUUGCUAUAGAAGACCUUAAGCUGAGAAAUCAGUAUUUGGAACUUAGAGAUAAGAAACACAUUAAAACUAUAGAAGGAAAGGAUGAGAAGAUAAAGGAUUUAGAAAAUAAGCUUCAAGCUUAUGCUAAUUCUGCUAAUCUUGAAAAGGAAAUCAUAUCUAGUCAAGUUGUAGGUGGAAAACUUGGAAUUGGACUAGAUUAUGAUGAACUUAGAGAAUCUAGUAAGAAACAUGUGGUGGAAAAUGAACCUAAAAAUACUAAGAAACCUUUGUUCAAGAAGGCAUCUUCAGAACCUUUCGAUGAGGAUAAUUUGUUCAUUCAUCAUGAGAUGCUUGUUGCAGAUCUUGAGAUGCUAAAAGAUAAGAAUGCUGAGAAAUCUAGUAAACAAGCAUCCCCUGAAAGUGAACAAACUACUAUAGGACUAGGCUUCAAAUCCAACACUAAAAAUAGAAAGAAUGGAAAUGGCAGAAUAGGAAAAGAUGGCUAUAGAAAGAACAAUGGAGAAUCAAAGACUGUAAGCCCUCCUAAGGUUAGGAAAGAUGCUCCUUUCACCAAGUCCAAAAGCAAGGCUAAUGGUACUUAUGAAGGUGAUAAGGAAACAGUCAAUGAUGAUGUAAAGCAUGCUGAUCUUGUCAAGAAUGUUACGAAAUCUGGCAUAAAGCAAAAGAAAGUCAUGUGGAUUCUGAACAGUGGAAGUUCAAGGCAUAUGACAAGAGAUAGAGCCCUGUUAUCAAAGGUGGUUGAGAAAGCUGGCCUAGUUGUUACCUUUGGAGAUGAGAGCAAAGGUUAUACAACGGGAUAUGGCAGUUUGGAAAUUGAAAAUGUCAUUAUUGAAGAUAUUUCUCUGGUUGAUGGUCUUAUGCAUAAUCUUCUGAGCAUCAGUCAGUUCUGUGACAAAGGAUGUGAUGUCUUUUUCAAGCAGGAUAAGUUUUUGAUCACUAAUCAUAAGAAUGAGAAGCUUGCUCUGAAUGGAGUAAGAAAAGGUGAUCUGUUUGUAGCUGAUUGGAAUUCUGCAGAAGAUGGUCAAGUAAUGUGUUUCUAUGGUAAGGCAUCUGUAAAUGACAGUUGGUUGUGGCAUAAGAAGCUCUCCCACUUAAACUUUAAAACUAUGAAUUCUCCAGUUAAAAGAGAGUUGGUGAGAGUAUUACCUAAAAUGGAAUUUAGUCCUGAAGGACUAUGUGAAGCAUGUGAAAAAGGAAAAUCAAGGAAAGCAUCACACAAGAAGAAGACAAUAUAUGAUAUAGCUAAGCCAUUACAACUUCUACAUAUGGACUUGUUUGGACUAGAUGAAGCCCCUAACAUGAUUAUUGAUCAUAUCAAGAAGAUUGAGUUAGAAACUGGAGUGCCUGACAAUGAGAAAGUUGGUAAGUUUGAUGCCAAAGCUGAAGAAUGUAUUUUUCUGCGUUACUCAUUAGAGUCCAAGGCUUACAGGGUGUUUAUGAUUGAUGAUCAGAAGGUAGUGGAAAGCCUUAAUGUAACAUUUGAUAACACCAAAUCCUCAAGUAUUCAGAAAGAAGAUGAUGAUGAAACUAUGAAUGUUGAAGAUCUUUUUGAUAAUGAGAGAGAACCUGAAGUUGUGCCUCUUGAUAAUGAUAAUGGAGAUGAUUCACAGGAUAAUCACAAUGGUGAUUCAAACUCAGAUGGAAAUGGGGGAGACAUUCAAGAUGUUAGUGGUCCCAGAAAUGUGAUCAGUGAGACAACAUCUGGAACUAAUUCUCAAUCAUUUGAUUCUACAAAUUAA